AGCCCGAUAACUGCAGCUACAGGCGCUCCAAUCUUCAGUCUGAACGACAAAAUUUCUUGUUGACCGUGUUGAUUUUGCGGUGCAAAAAUUAUUAGUUAAAUUUCAAAUAAAUUCGUUAUAUUUGGCGUUUAUUUUGUAAGUUGAAUAAUUUCAACUUUAUUCAUAAUUUAUAUCUGCAAAAAGUGUUACCAAAGAGAGAUUAUACAACAUGUCGGACCGAAAAGCUGUUAUUAAAAAUGCAGAUAUGUCAGAGGAGAUGCAACAAGAUGCUGUAGAUUGUGCAACUCAAGCAUUAGAAAAAUAUAACAUCGAAAAAGAUAUUGCAGCAUUUAUUAAGAAAGAAUUUGAUAAAAAAUACAAUCCAACGUGGCAUUGCAUUGUUGGUCGCAAUUUUGGGAGCUAUGUAACGCAUGAAACAAGACAUUUUAUCUAUUUCUACCUGGGUCAGGUAGCAAUUCUUCUCUUCAAAAGUGGAUAAGCUGGUCCUUACUAUCUGUACCCCACCCUAUCUUAAUCAAUUUCGUGAUCGCCAUAAAACUACUCAAAUUACGUAAAUCUAUAUGUAGUAUAAACAAACAAAUCGAACAUAAAACUUAUGUAUUGAAACGAAGUUCUGCUAGUAUGGAGAUAAUUUAUGGAAAAUAUAUAUCAAUGGUAAAUCCUGGUGUUGUUAACGACUGUUCGAUAAAAUACAAACAUAGAAAAAAUUAAAGGGUUGGGGGACUUAUUUAAGAAUAAUUAAAAAAAUGACAUACUACUGUACAUGUAACAAUGUAUUGCGUAUGCCAAAACUUUGUUGUGUUCUUGUUUUAUAUUAGGAAUAUAUGGUUGAGUUCAAUACUGGCGGUUUGACUUUUGGAAAAAUAGAAUUUACAUUGUUUAUAUAUACAUAUAUGAAAAGUGAUACAUUAAUUGGGGUAAAAUUGUUAUAUCAUUCAACAUUAACAAAUAUUAAAGAUAACAAUAAUAAUAACGAUAUUAAUAGUUAUGACAACGAUAAUCACAUGGAUAGACAAACAAACAGUAUAAUAAGUCGCCAAUAGUGAACCCAAAAUUGAUCUGCUUACCAAAUUAUCAAGAAAUGUAUUAAUUAUUAUGAUUUUUAGUAUUGUUUUUUGACUUUUUAAACGAUAAACAUUAAAAAAAAUUCAUUACACAUUA